UUGCAGUCAAACGUCAAUCGAAGCUGGCGCCAUAUCUACGACUUGGUUGCUCACGCAGCCACCCUCGAUCCUGCCCCUUACUUCCUGGCUUUGCAAGAUCCCCCUCUGGACCUCGGCUCCCCCGACAAGCCAAUUGGCAACUACUAUUUGGAAUACGGGAAUGACGUCGAAGGGCCGGGGGGGGAACACAAGUACUUCGCCGCGACUUUGUACAUCAGACUGGCCGGCAACCAGGAAAUCAAGUUUCACAACGUUUACGAUCGCAUAGCCGGAAAAACUCUCGACUUCGGCAAGCUGCUGCAAUCCGACCUGACCGAUGGCCAGUCGGUUCUCCUCGGCGACUACAACCUACCUUGGCUUGGCCGGAGGAGCGUCUGCAGGAGAGAGAUGAAGAUGCUUUCCUUUCUCACCAAGACUGCUGGCAUGGUGUGUCUCAACAGCUCGCCCACCUUCAUGCGUGGCGCGCAGGAGUCUACCAUCGACCUGGUUUUUGUGGGCAAGGACUACUCAGGGAGAGUAUCUUACUUCGCUGUGACGCGGCCCCGAGGGUUCGCAACUGAUCACGCUGUUUUGCACGCCAUCCUAGACGUAUCAGUCAGCCAAGACACCUCAACUCACCACAACUUCAAGCAGAUGGACGUCAAGGCUCUCCGCGCCGAGGUGGCGUCUAACCUCGAGGCCGAUAUUUGCCCCAAGGACGAAUUGGAAAAUCUCCAAAUCCACACGGUCCAGAAGGCGGACAAAUGCGCCGGUCUCAUAUCUGGCUGUGUCGCGCGAGCUACAGACACGAUCGUCACGGAUAGGAGGCUGCGCUCAGAAAGACCAACCAGGCGAUUUGUCUCGUCCGAACGAUACGAAAGCGCAGAGAGUAUGCCGAACGAGGCAAGGAGUUUUCGAGCCUCAUGGCUCUGGCCAACCAAGUUCGGCACUUCUCCAAGAGAAAACCGGUAUCUUCUCACAUGA